UGAAAGAUAAGACAUUUCCUUGUUAAGGGAACUUCAUCCACGACACCUCACCUAAAAGAAGGUAGUCUUACAAUUACAGUAACGCGUUCUUUGUGGUCAGUGGUCACUCAGGAGGCCGACGAAGGCUGUCACAUUCGUUACAGCUACUAAACGGGAAGGCAGGCGUCAGGUGUUAUUACUCCUGUCGUUAACACUGAACGGACAACACCCGAGGCAAUUACACCGUUUAGACAUGGCUGACGCUGCUGGCGACUGUGGUGGUGAGACUAGCGGGGACACAGUGGACGCUGCAAAAUGGUUCACUAAGAGGACAGCAGAAAACAAUAAGAGGGAAGCAGAGGAAACGGACUCUAAAGCAGCAGACCAUGACUCUUACCUCUACAAGAUGGACUAUCCCAGCAUGGGUGUCUGCCUGAUCAUCAACAACAAAAAUUUUGACAAGAGAACCCAAAUGUCCAAUCGCAUUGGAACAGAUAACGAUGCUGCCAGUGUUGCGAAGACCUUCCAUGAGCUAGGCUACAAGAUUAGAGCAUUCAAUGACCAGACUGUGGACCAAAUGAAGAAACUGAUGCUGAGCGUCGCUGAUGAGGACCACAGUCAAUGUGCAUCCUUUGUGUGUGUGCUGCUAAGUCAUGGAGAGGAGGGUGUGAUAUACGGCACUGACGGCAUGGUUGCGUUUGACAGCCUGAUCAAAUGCCUGAAAGGCGGCUGUAAGAGUCUGGUGGGGAAACCCAAGCUCUUCUUCAUACAGGCAUGCCGCGGUACAGCACUGGACGACGGCAUAGAGACAGACAGCUCUGGAGGGCAAGUUUCGGAGAGGAUUCCGGUAGAGGCAGACUUCCUAUACUGCUACUCCACCACUCCAGGCUACUACUCCUGGAGGAACACGAGCCAAGGCUCUUGGUUCAUACAGUCCCUGUGUGAAGUGCUGCAGAAAAGCCGGGAAAAGCUGGAGCUGAUGCAGAUUAUGACCCGAGUCAACCGGAAGGUAGCGCUGCAGUUUGAAUCCUCCUCCAACACGCCUGGGUUUAGUGGCAAGAAGCAGAUCCCUUCCAUCGUGUCAAUGCUGACCAAAGACUUUUACUUUCCCAAGUAGAAACUGCCCACCUGUCACACAGAUUCCUGUUCCUCCUUCAGAUAUGCCAACGAAAAACAGGAGAUCAUCAAAAUGUGACAAUGUUCAGUCAGCUUUGGGGUCAAAGAAACAGAUCAGAGAAACCUGUUGUGUUGAUCCUCAUUGAAACAUUCAGUUAACUCCUGGUGGAUUAAUUAGACAGGUGUUAGUCUGUGUUAAAGCUAAUUUUAUUUACAAGGGAAUAAGUGAGCCCGAACAGCUGCAGAACAAAGGAGUAGAGCCAGUGUCAUGUGGAAAGAGGCAGUUGCCACGUGUGUCACCACAUCUGUUGUAAAACCUCUAUUAAGAAUGGUUUAUACACUUAUCAGCAUAUUUGAUGCUAUUUUUAGGAAAACACAAUUAAUUGUCACUCAUUCCAAGUCCGAAGCUAAUAGUCAUUAAAUGACAUCCUAAUCUCUGAUUUGGACAAUUAAAUAAAAUGUAUAAUGUCAUCUCUUAUUCGUUGUCGUAUCAAUUUCCUGCGUGUGUCAGUGAAAAAAACAAACAACCUGUUCAAAUAACCCGUCCCAACAACCCCGCCCUACUUUUUUUUAGUUCACAGAAAUCUGCUCGGUGCAGUUAAAAAUGUCAGACCUUCUCCGAAACUUGCUGAAACCUGUUCUACUCUGGACUUCCCAGAACUGUAGCAGCCUGUUUUUGUUGUUUGUUUGUCUUGUUUUUAUAAUUUUAUAAUGGAAUUUCACAGACAUAACACUAACAUUGUAAUACGUAUCAUGGUUUGGACUCUCCAAAUUAAAAUACUGUCAUAACAGAA